GUGCUGGCGGCAAAGAACAAUACUCAGACAACUUCCCCAAUUCCCAACCAGCUCCAACCAAUACAAACACCAUAUUCUCCUGUCGUUGUCUGUGAAAGGAGCAAUAAGAAGGCGGAGAGAAUAUUGGCGAGUUUCCAGCGCCCGGAGACGGCGCAUGCUUGGCUUUCAUCUAACUGGCCGCGCGGAGACCACUCAUUUAGCGUGCAUAACCUGGGUAUACCUGCUGUUGCUACGGGCGACACAUGGCAAGCUGCUGGUCGCUGAAUGUCUGCACAUGCAAUGUCGACGAGAAGAACAUGUUCACAGACAUGGACUCCUAGGACAAAACGUCAGCGAAGUUUCAAUGCCGUGAUUGUUUCUUGGGUGCUCAAGUUGGUCAGGCUAGCUAGGCUGCAUCGGGCUACGCGAUUGUGGAAGCUCAACGCCCAGGCGAUGCCCAGGAGGGGGCAGUGCAAGUCCGCUACACGAUCGCCAGGACGGCGCGCUGGCUCUCCCUGCGAAUUCACUUUCCUUUAUGUUAAUCCGGAAUGCCUGCUUGAUUCUGGACGCCAAUUUGAAGUCCUUGCGUGCAUGUUGAUCUUGCUAUAUCCACUCCUUCAACUCACUCCAAGCUCUCCACCCCUUGAGCUGCGCCCGACACAGCCUCGCUCACACGCACAAACUAGGCUGUUGCCCAGCUUCAUACGGGCUUUUCGCCAUCUCCCAAGCAAUUCUACACCCACGCCUUAGUCUUCUACCUGUACCAAGAGUCCGCUGCUACUUCUGACUGCGGAACAACGCGUAACCACCGACCACCGAUUUGCCUUCGCGUUGAAUAAACUCUCUGCACAUCCGCAUGCAGUCU